AUUUUCAGCUGUUUCACUACAACAUAAAGCCAUCCAGGGAACCGUGAAGAUGUCAAUGUUAUUUUUCUUAACAAUUUUAGAUGGUAUAAAAGGACCCCCGUUGACCAAGGGUAGUCAGUUCAGAGCCACCCUCCACAGCGCAAUAGAACUCGUCCUAGAAAUCUUUCUGAACUCCGUGACGAUGCACCCCCUGGUAUACCUGAUGCUGCUGGCCGGGCCGUGCCUGGCGCGCUACCGCUACGAGCCCCGGAAUCUAAUUGAACGCGAUGAUUUACAGGACAAAGGCGAGUGGGUCGACUGCCCAGUCUGCGAGACUCCUAGCUACUCCUCGCUGACGAGCGACGAGGUGUGUGAGAUGCAUAACGGCAGGCCCGCGAAGCUCUGCCUCCACGGGACCUACAUCAACAAGGUCUGCGGGUCAAGACGGGACUGUUAUCGGGGUCCCGAAGAGCCGUGCACCGAGAAGUUGGAAAACGACGAAUUCGGGUGGAAGUGCGCUCCAGGAUCGACUUGCUCCAGCCUCACUGGAAAAUGCAUAGGUCUCGGCAACCCGUACAGAAACGGCCAGCUGCACUUAAUAAACCCAUACGGGAGAUACCCUCUCCGGAACCGACGUGAAAUUUAAAUUUAAUUGGCUACUGUCUGUUGU